AUUCCUGAAUGGACUCUCCCACCAAUCCCAGCGCACAGUGCUUUCCAAAAUGGCGGACACUGGAUGAAAACAAGAUCUGCUUUCUUCCAAAUUUCCCAUUUUUCCUCAUUUCUCGACACCUCACCCUUCUCCAAAAAUCACCAGUUAUCCUUACGAUGAUACUCUAACUCAGGGCGACGACGUUUCUACCGCUGCACUCGUACUUUUUCUUUAAACACGUGGUUUUUGGUGAAAUUACCCCGGCAGCUGAGAUUUUUUACAUGACAGCUGUGUUCGGGAACUUCUUGGUUUUAGGAAUAUUUUCCUGACUCGUUUCGUAUGGAAGUAUCCGGACAUCCAGGCUCGUCUCUUGUCCCCUGAGCUGACGGGCGGUUUGUGGAGAGAUGUCCGAGUACAGCUUUGACGGGAGUGAGGAUCAGGAAAGCGAGGAUUGCCAACUCGUGAACUAUGCACCAGACGUCCUGAGUGAGCUGGUAGAUGAUGUCAUCCUCGGGCUGUGCUUUGACGUUCACCGCUCCUGUAAGAUGGGAACUUUCUUCGUGGAUGACGUGGAUCCUGCAGAGCUCAAAGAAUUUGAAAUAGUGGACCAGGUUGGACUGGACAUCUUUGGACAGCCGGUCUCGUCCAAGAAACAGUACGAGUGUGAGUGUCCGAACUGUGGCCGGACCAUCUCGGCCAAUCGGUUUGCUCCCCACCUGGAGAAGUGUAUGGGGAUGGGCAGAAACUCCAGCAGGAUAGCCAGUAAAAGGCUCCAAAACACAGGCAAGUGUGAAUCGGAAGGUGACGAUGAUGAUGACAAUGACUGGACAUACGGGGAAAAGAAGAAGAAAAAGAAAAGUGACAAAAAAGCGAACUCCCCUCGCCAAUCCAAGCCGUCCAAAUCCAGUAAAAAUGGAGACAUUCCAAGUGUAGGCAGUGUGGGGUCAGAAAAGUCGUCAGGAGGAUAUGUCAACUAUGAGGCAAUGAGUAUUGAGGAGAGGAGGACAGUGCUGAAACAGAUCUGUGGCGUGAUUUCGGAGCACACCAAGAGGAUGUGUACGCGGUCACACCGAUGUCCGCAGCACUCGGACGAACAGAGACGACAGGUCAGACUGUACCUGCUCGGCAGUGCUGCUAGCUCCUUGUUAGAUGAUGAUGUCCAUGUAGACAUUGAUGGUUACGAGGACUCCCCAGUGGUGUCGGCCACCGGACACCACCACCCCACUAACCUGCCCAAGAGAGACCACCUGGGGAGGUUCAUGUCAGCACAGCAGGUGGCUGCCAUGGCGGCCGGGUUACCUUGGGAUACAGCCUCCAACAGCUCCCCUGGCAGUUCAGUUUCCUCCAUGAGGGUUGUCCAGCAGUGGGAGACAAUGGGGAUGACAACAACAGGGCCUGCCAGUAACAGUAGCGCUAGUGCUAGUGCACCCCCUCCUACUAAGAAGAAAAAGAGUAAGAAGAAAGAAGGACACACCCACAAGAAGUCCAAGUCCAAGAAUCCCGUCUUGCAACAGUAUGACCUUCAUUGACCUUUCCCAUCAUGCUCUAGUCCCAUGAUCCUCUAAUCCCUUGACCCAUUGGGUACUGUGUAACAAUAUUUGUUACAUAUACUGUCUUAUACAUGAAGAAAGCAGUGCAUUAUGUAGAGGAAUGGGCAUUCGAAGAUAGGAAAGAACUUUCUUGAUACUAUUCAGUGUAAAGUAGCAACAUUUGUAAGGUACUUGUAGAAAGAUACAAGUUUCUAUAGAAAGCUUAAUAAUAACUCAGUGCUGGAGUUUUUGUGCUAUAAGAAAAAUACAAGCUUGCAGAAGUUUUGUAAACCUUGUGUAAUACUUGUAAUCUGUAGACAG